AUGACUGGGAGAGUCAGGUUGGAUCAUCUAAAGGCAAAAGUAAUCAUCCUGAUGAUGGCGAUGCCCCAAUUGAUGACAAUAGGGAAUAGGGUAGCAUCAGACUCAGAUGAGUACCAACCUGAAUCUAAAUGUAGUGAAUAUGAAGAAUUGGUUGACAGUGAUUACGAAAAUGAGUAUGAUGACAUGUUGUAUGAGAAUUGUGUUGAUCAUGAAGCUGAAUGGACUGGUUUGAAGAGUAACAAGCAAAAAACAACAACAGAAGACAUAAGGCAUUGCUUAGAUCUGAGUGACUUAGAUGGUGAUUCUUAG